UUGGGCGACGCUGUCAAGAAAACCUGGGGUCGAGCCGGGUUCCGCGGCUUCUAUCAAGGUCUCAUACCAUGGGCUUGGAUAGAAGCAUCAACAAAAGGCGCCAUUUUGGUCCUGACGUCGACUGAAGUGGAGUUUUACGCCAAGAGAUCCGGGCUGGGGACUGAGGUAGCAGGCGUGCUGGGAGGAAUCGUCGGCGGUGCCUCUCAAGCGUAUCUGACGAUGGGUGUGACCACAUGCAUGAAGACCGUCGAGGUCACGAGGCAAAAGGCUACAGGCAGGACGCCCGGGACCAUGGAAGUAUUCCUCCAGAUCCUGCGUACGAAGGGCAUCCGCGGGGUCAAUCGCGGCGUCAACGCCGUCGCGCUCCGCCAGAUCACCGGGUGGUCGUCGCGGAUCGGUAUCUCGAGGGUCGCGGAGGGGCAGAUCAGGUCGUUCAGAGGCAAGUCGCCGGAAGAGAAGUUGGCACCUACCGAGAAGAUCGUGGCUUCUAUCAUCGGAGGCGCGCUGAGUUGUUGGAACCAGCCGUUUGAGGUUGUGAGAGUCGAGAUGCAGUCCCUCAAGGCCGAUCCCGGCCGACCGCAGCAGCUCACGAUGGCGUCUACGGCGAGGCACAUCUGGGCUACGAAUGGGUUCGGCGGUUUCUUCCGUGGUGUUGUGCCGCGCAUUGGUGUCGCUGCUUGGGCUACUGUCUGCAUGGUCGGGUUUGGCGAUAUGGUGAAGGAAGUCGUCGGUUCGAAGGCCUAA